AGUUUUGCUAUAAAAAACAAAGUUGUCUUUGACAGAAAAGGCAUAAAACAUUUUCUUUUUAUUACUUUUUUACUUUUUAUCAACCUGAAGUUGAUAUAGAGAUUUACUGUAAGCGUUAAAUAAAAAAUAAAAAUAAUAAUUUGACUUAUUUUUAACGUUUUAAUGACUGAGACCCUUUAUGGUCCAGCCCUAAAGGUUAAAAAAAACUAACCCCAUCACCCAUUCACCUCCUCAGGGAGGAAGACUUUCACUUUAGUCUGAAGGUUGUUUUUCCCCAAAGUUGUUUCUUGAUAAACUGUAGGGCGUAUUUUUCCAAGUAGUUGCUUGAUAAGCGGCUCUAACCGGUUCUGUUUAAUGCCACCUGCCCCCCCACCCCCCCACUCAGUAAUGGCUUAUAAUUAAUUUUAAUUAUAAUUAAUUUUUGUGUUGAUACAGAACAGGAGAGAUUAAGUUCAUUUUUAUUUUUUAUUUUAAGCAUUUUUUUUGGCACAACCUCUCCAUCAUCCAGCUAUUGAUUUCUGGUGCCUGCUUAAAAGGGGAAAACAUAACAUGUGUUUCCUUAUUAAACAUAAUGUUUAUAGUCAUAGAGCACCAACGGGAACUGGAACUGCAGAGAAUUGAACCAACGUCGUGUGGCGUAAAAGGUAUGUACGUAGUCCAUUAUGCUACCAGAGGACUAGUGACUACUAAUGAGAAGUCAUUAUUUAUAAAUUGUCGACAGCGCAGUGAAACCAACUGGAUUCAGUUUUCCGUCACAUUGAACAUCAUGUGCUGUUAUUCUUUGAUUGUAUUGGCACUUUAAAAAUAAUUUCGAUUCUCAAUCCAGAUUCCAAACUGACCGCAACUCUCAAAAGCCCGGAUUUUCAAUGGAGCUUGGGCGAUUUAUGUGUUGUCGAAUCUCUCUGCAAGAUCUGAACCAUGUCCCGAAGCAGUCACAUGGUACAUCCUGGCAGCGAAGCUUCACACGUCAUCAUUUCCAGCUCCUCCCCUACACGUAUCAGGCCUUAAUAUGCGCUUCGCAGUGAGGCCCUUCUGUUACUUGACAGACGCCUCGAAGUCUCAGCACAUCGCGUCACACCACUAACUGAGAGCAUCGCCUAUGCUGUUGUUCACUGACUCCACCUUCUUCUCCGCCAACCACAAGUAGUGCUAAGAAAUGAGCAUCAAGAUUGUAAUCACUGAGACGCUGGAAAACCUUUCUUUGGACGACUUUGAAAAGUUCCGCCAGUCUUUAGUAGACCUCAAAAGGGACAAGAGGGUGGCGUUAUGCAGGGUGGAGAAAAAGGACCGCAUAGAGGUAAUCAACGUGCUGGUGUCCACCUUCACCCUCAAUGAAGCUCCAACAGUGACCAUCGAGCUCUUGAAACAGAUUGGAUGCCACGAUAAGGCCACCGAACUGGAUGAAAGGACUAGGAACCUGCCACCUCCGGAACUGCCUACACCUGCAGUAUUACCUUCAUCUCCACAACAGCUUCUACUUGCAGUACUGCCUCCAACUCCACAAGUGGCUCUACCUGUAGUACCGCCUCUAACUCCACAAGUGGCUCUACCUGCAGUACUGCCUCCAACUCCACAAUUGGCUCUACCUGCAGCACUGCCUCCAACUCCACAACUGCUUCUACCUGCAGUACUGCCUCCAACUCCACAAGUGGCUCUACCUGCAGUACUGCCUCCAACUCCACAAUUGGCUCUACCUGCAGUACUGCCUCCAACUCCACAAGUGGCUCUACCUGCAGUACUGCCUCCAACUCCACAAGUGGCUCUACCUGCAGUACUGCCUCCAACUCCACAAGUGGCUCUAACUGCAGCACUGCCUCCAACUCCACAAGUGGCUCUACCUGCAGUACUGCCUCCAACUCCACAAGUGGCUCUACCUGCAGUACUGCCUCUAACUCCACAAGUGGCUCUACCUGCAGUACUGCCUCCAACUCCACAAGUGGCUCUAACUGCUGCACUGCCUCCAACUCCACAAGUGUCUCUACCUGCAGUACUGCCUCCAACUCCACAAGCGGCUCUACCUGCAGUAUUGCCUCCAACUCCACAAGUGGCUCUAACUGCUGCACUGCCUCCAACUCCACAAGUGCCUCUACCUGCAGUACUGCCUCCAACUCCACAAGCGGCUCUACCUGCAGUACUGCCUCCAACUCCACAAGUGGCUCUACCUGCAGUAAAUCCUCCAACUCCACAAGUGUCUCUACCUGCAGCACUGCCUCCAAAUCCACAAGUGGCUCUAACUGCAGCACUGCCUCCAAAUCCACAAGUGGCUCUAACUGCAGCACUGCCUCCAAAUCCACAAGUGGCUCAACCUGCAGUACUGCCUCCAAUGCCACAAGGGGCUCUAACUGCAGCACUGCCUCCAAAUCCACAAGUGGCUCUAACUGCAGCACUGCCUCCAAAUCCACAAGUGGCUCUAACUGCAGCACUGCCUCCAAAUCCACAAGUGGCUCAACCUGCAGUACUGCCUCCAAUGCCACAAGGGGCUCUAACUGCAGCACUGCCUCCAACUCCACAAGUGGCUCUACCUGCAGUAAAUCAUCCAACUCCACAAGCGGCUCUAACUGCAGCACUGUCUCCAACUCCAGAGCUGCUUCCAUCUCCAACAUCAGACAAAGGGGCCGCUGGUGAUUACAAUUAUGAUGACAACAUGAAAGCCAUUAAUACUUUGGUUGAAACGGCGGCACGCAUCGGUGAGAAGAAGGUGAAGAAAGCCUUAUUGGCACUUGCCAAAAAACCACUUUUUUUUUCAAAGAAGAAGCAGAAGGAGUAAACACCCUGAUGGUAUUACUAAUAAUCAUGUUCACAUGCCACUUUGUAGUAUCUUGCGUUGAAAAGAUGGUCCUUAAACUGAUGAUUCCCAAUCUUUAGUCACCUUAUUUUAUGUGAACACACCGUAAAAGCUAAAACAAUAACACAACACAAUUAUUAACUCUAGAUAGUGGUGCACUUUAACCUUUUACCUUGUUUUAUACAUCUGGUAUGAGUUACCUUAACACACUUAUCCUUAAGCGCUAUUACCAUCUUUUUAUUCAUCACGUUUCCUUGCUAAACUCUUUUCACAUGUUCAUGUUUUACCUGAUAUAAAUCAAGACAUAAAAUAAAAUGUAUUAUA